GGAGCCUCAAAUUCACCGGAGUGUAUCGAGGCCGCCUAAAAAAGAUUUCAUAUUUGUCGCAUACCUUCACUCCAACCUUGACUAUUUGAUGGCUCAUUGAUUGUCAUGAAAAAACUUCUCACGUGUGAUAACUCGUAACACGAAUGCACUAUAAGUAUGUCACACUCCAAAACGCUUACUCUAUACGAGGAUGAGGGACAUCAGACCGGUAAUGUAAACGGGGUCGAAGUUGAUCUACUUGGGAAUGACUAUUUCACCGGCUUCUUGGAUGGCUUGGCAGCUAGUGCACCUGGUGGACUCUUUCACGCCGGUCCGUCCCGUUUGCCAAUAUCGGAUAAAGCGACCACGCAUGUUCCUGUUCCACCUUUUCUGCUUCGUGAUCUCGUUCUACCGCAGCAAGAUCUAGAUUUUAUUGCUUCGUCAUACCCGCAAACGUUCCAACAGAUCAUUGAUGAUAUUGACCGGUCUGAGCCAACUGCACCGUUCAGCCAUACUAACAUCAACAUUGAUACUUUCCCCACACCAAAGGAUUCGAGUCCGCCGAAGAACUACGAAUGGCGCCCGACUCUGGACAAGGACCUGGACUUUUGUGUAACCCAACUACCUAUAACAUCCCCGACUCUGCAGCUAGGUCCGUUGCCUACUUCUACAGCUUUUGAAUUUACUGCGCCAACGCGGAAAGGGGUGAAAUCAUCUCAGUCUGGCCUAGACGAUGUCCCGGAAGGAUUACCUGGUAGGUUUGCUACAAAAAGAGGCAAGUUGGGACCCGUUUCCGACCCGCCUGCGUUCCGAGUUGUCGGAGCGGACGCGCUUGUUCAUCCUCGAGCUCAACUAGGAAAUGCCGGGACCAUUGAAUGUGCUGGGAAGGUGACAGACGACGCGGUUACGAUCAGCAAGUCCUCUUCUCCAGAUGCAAGUCAGCAAUCGCACUCUUCCGAUGCGUCUGAUGACCAGUCACUAGUAGGCAAGAAGAAACGAAACGGCCCCGUCCCCGCCCCCGCCCAAAUCGUAUUUCGAGCCUACGGUGCGAAAAGAGCCCGGUUCAAUGAAAAGUCACGAAACUUAACUGCUCGUACUAGAGAGGUUGGAGCCUGCGGCCCUUGCCGCAAGAAGAAGAUCCGUUGUGACCAACCCAAGAAUCAGUUUGGUAUUUGCGGGGGUUGCGCUAAAAUGCCGGCGCGACUUUUAUAUUCGCCUUGUUGUCGUAUUGAUAUUAUCGAUAUCAAAUUGUUUCGACUAGGGACGACUUUGGACCCACUUGCUAGUACACUUCCGCCUUGGAUGCAGUCAAAAGUACCCGCCAAUAGCACUCUUCUCCUACAGGAUGGAAUCACUAGCUUUGAGCCUCCACGAAAAGUACUGCUCACCCAUGACGUCUGUACAACCACCUUCGAGGUGACCAUAUCACGCUAUCAGCCAGGUCCAAACGAAAGAACGGGAUAUUCUUGGGCUAAUGCUGCUGGGCAUAAAUGCAGCUAUGAGCUCCCUCCGUAUUAUAUUUUGGACUUGGCUGAGGCAAGUCGAAAUAUGUGUCAAUAUGUCCGGAAAGCUAGAGGAGAAUUCACUCGAGCUCUCCUGGUCAACAGCAAUCCAGUGGUUUCGAAGGUAUUCAUGGAGGCAGAAAGAUUCUAUGCUGAUUCAAAGAGUAAGCUGGUAGCUGGUGCGCUGAUGCUUUGGUCGGCAACUCGCAUGAUCGAAAGAUUUUGGCUUAUUACUGGUCCCGACACGCUUGGUCUUUCGCCUAUGACGGGAAAUAUUGGGCCAUGCCGAUUUAAUCCCCUCGUCGAAGCGAUUCCUGUGACUCCAAUUAUGGAUACACAACUAGACGAAAUAGCAAUCAAGCACGUUCUCAUCCCUCUAAAAAACAAGGUCUUGCGCCUCUUCAAGGAAAAAGUUCUUGGAAAGAAGAAGAACAACUGGUACGAGGUAUUCCUGGCCAGCUUCAUAAUCCUGCAUAGCUCAGAGAUCGUUCUCAACCAAGUCAUGGAUUAUUCCAAACGAUAUGGCAUCUCGUUUGCACCGAGUUCAAAUGACGAGAGUUCUCUUAGUCAUGCAUAUUACCAUGCUUGUAAGACGGUGCUUGCUUACUUCCAUUUUGCAUCCGGUGGCGCGGCUCCGUUGGCGCUCAACUGGCACAGCCCUAGCCCAGAUACGUCUAUCAUGUCCCAUAGACAGAUCGAAUUCUUGCGUGACCUCAAAGACGAACUUGACAAACAGAACGGCGAAUUACAGACUCUCAGAAAUAAGUCGAUGUACGAAAAUGAGAUGUUUUGGUGCCAUCAGCUGCUUCUUGAUGACUGGAAAGCGGAUAUGCCAUACUUGGGGAUAUUUCUGUCAUGCACGGAGAAGGAUUUCAUACUUUCAUAAGCCGUUCAGUUGACUUGCAUAGAUGAGACUUGUAAGACUUGGGUGAAUCAAGUAUGCAGUUCGGAAUUGCAGGAUAAGCCUAGAUUUUCUUUGGUACAGGUAGAUGGUCUAGAAUCUAGGAUUUUUUGGGUUAUACGGUGCGAUUUCUGUUAAAGAGCCAUGGAGUUCUUGCAGAGACACAUAAGGUAGGUAACUCACCUGGGGUAUCACAACAAUAGAAGUCCUUUUUUUUUCUUGCCGCAUUGUGCUUUACGCAUCCCAUAUUCAAGUUGUAAUUCUGUACAGUUCGGGAUUAUCAGCUGGAGG